AACACAACACAAGUGGAACACUAGCGACGCAGCACGCAGCUGCCGUGUUUGUCUGAGCAAAGGAAGCUAGGAAGGGAUCAAGGAAGCCUCCAUCAUCGUAGAUAAACACCCUAAGGAGGUGUGACACAGCGACCACCAGCUGUCACACCAAAAGAACCGCAAAAGGGUUCUUCCCACAGCGAGGGUCAACAUGUCGGAGACAUACGACUUCCUCUUCAAGUUCCUGGUGAUCGGCAGUGCUGGGGCGGGGAAAUCCUGUCUCCUUCACCAGUUCAUCGAGAACAAGUUUAAACAGGACUCCAACCACACCAUCGGCGUGGAGUUUGGUUCCAGGGUGGUCAAUGUUGCCGGGAAGACGGUCAAACUGCAGAUCUGGGACACUGCGGGCCAGGAGCGAUUUCGCUCUGUAACUCGUAGCUACUACAGAGGAGCAGCAGGGGCGCUCCUUGUUUACGACAUCACAAGUCGAGAGACGUAUAACACUCUGACUAACUGGCUCACAGACGCGAGGACUCUAGCGAGCCCCAACAUCGUAAUUAUUCUGUGUGGGAACAAGAAGGACCUGGAUGCAGACAGAGAGGUGACCUUCCUGGAAGCAUCCCGUUUUGCUCAGGAGAAUGAGCUGAUGUUUCUAGAGACCAGCGCUCUGACGGGGGAGAACGUAGAAGAAGCUUUUUUGAAAUGCGCUCGCAACAUCCUCAACAAGAUCGAUUCGGGGGAACUGGACCCGGAGAGGAUGGGCUCGGGAAUUCAGUACGGAGACGCGUCGCUGCGACAGCCGCGGCAGCCGAGAGGCACCACAACGCAGAGCAAGCAGCAGUGUAACUGCUAGGGAUCAGGCGCCUUCAUCACCUGAGCCCACACAGACAGGACUCCCUCUACUGUCUCAUUCACCUUAGAUCACCUGGAUGACGCAGCGACCCGACUUCUGGUAAGCGUCUGAGUCGGAGCGGCUUGGUUCUGGACAGGCAGACCCCUCAUAAGGAAGAGCCAUCAUCAGUUAUUUACCAGGAUAAACCACGGGUUGUUUGUUUGGGUUUUUCUGGUCUUUAUCGUUUAUUUACUCUGGUUUCAGUAACUCCAAGAUUUCCUCGUUUGCACAUCGUUGCUGACUUACUUGAACGGAUUUUCUUCAUUCGGCCUCUUCUGAAUCAGUGAGGCGUCAUCGUUAAAUUCAACCUACAACUGAUUAGUGACAGACAAGUUGUAAAGAAGUAAUUUAGCACAUAUUUAGGCUUAAAAUGAUUAAAUCUAAGGUUUUACUUAAAAAUUUAAUCUGUUUAUUAGUGAACUUGAAUGGACUUUUCAGAGAAGCCUAAUUAUUCAGUCAUACUUUGCGAAUGUUCAGUUUUGGAGCUGCAAAUGCACUUUUAUUACAUGCUGUUAUUACUGAUUGUGAAUUAGUAGCAUAAUAAUUCCAGAAAGUUUAGUCACUCCACAUGAAACCAAAAGAGGCAAACCCGUGGGACAUUUCUAAAGCACAAAGAAGAGACCUUCUUAUUAUUAUCUAAGAAUCCCAAAGUCUGUAGGUUGAUCUUGAUCAGAGUCUCAGUUAAAAUCUGUCAAUCUCUAAAUGUAAUCCAAAACCGCAGCGCACCAUAAUUGUUUUGCCUGUUUUGUUCAUGAAGAUCCUCUCUAAAGGUUCUGGAAUCGUUUAGUCUUGUCUGUUUGUGAGUCUCAGCGAUAAAAGUCAGGAUUCUGUUUGCCUUCUUUGCUUUGCACAGGAAUGGCAAACUGCUUCAGUUUUCUCCCUCAGACAGACUUUGGAGAAAAGAAAAUAUUUCCACAAAAAUGUGUGUUUCUCUUUCCUUGAACCACUGACAGCGUAGUUCAUGGUGCUGCUGGAGGAACACGAGGUUCCACAUGCCGCUGACAACUCAGACUGACCCGAGACGGGAUCAAAACAAACAUAUUUUGGUCCGGUGGCUCUGGCGUGUCCCUGCAGCCAAACCGCACGCGUUUCUAACCCGAGCGAGUCGGCUCACUGAAGGAACGACGUUCAGGCGUGGAGAGUAUGUAGCGCAGCAAGAGACAGACGGUUCGAAAUGUUGCUUUUAAAAAUAAACCUGUUCAUUCUGUGAUGGUUCGGCUCAUCUCAAAGUGCACUUUUACUUUUAAAAUGUGUUGUUUAUAUGCUGCAACUAAAGAAAUGUACAUUUUAUUUUACUGUAAUAAAGGUUUUAGUGUAGGUGUAAUUCCUACUUUAAAACAAAUCAGAUUAUUGAUUCAGUCUCCUCGUUUCUGCUGUCACAAUUAUUGUUCAAACUCCUGACGUGGACUUGGUGAGCUUUAGGUGGCUGUCAGCAGCAACGGAUCACUCCUCUUCACAGAUAACUGUUUAUCUGCAUUUAUUAAGUAACUGAAAUAGUUGAAAACUGCCAAAUCAGAGUUAAAAUGCAAUUAAUCUGUGUUUAUUGUACAGUUCAUAAUAAGCAGACUUCAGAAUAGCCAUAAAUAUAUUAUUAUGCCACAAGUUCCAGUCUGGAUUUGAUCAUUCGAUGAACAGCUGUUCUGUAAAAUAUGUGAAAUAUGCAACCUGAAUACUGCUGUACGAGUAGCCUAUCCUGUAAAUAAGAUUUAUCUAUUGUGAUUGUUGUAAUUCCCAGUAAACUGCUUGUUUUCCAUUGAA